AUGAAUAGUGACAACCAGAGUUUCUUGUGGAAUUCCCCUAAGAACUUCAUUCUGCUGGGUGUCUCUGACAGGCCAUGGUUGGAACAUCCUCUUUUUGUGAUUCUUCUGGUGUCUUAUAUUCUGGCCAUGUUGGGCAACAUUGCCAUCAUCCUGGUGUCCAGGCUAGAUGCCCAGCUCCAUAGACCCAUGUACAUUUUCCUCAGCCAUCUUUCCUUCCUGGACCUCUGCUACACCACUACCACAGUCCCACAAAUUCUCUUCAAUAUGGGCAGCUCCAGGAAGACCAUCAGCUAUGGUGGCUGCACAGUGCAGUAUGCUGUUUUUCACUGGUGGGGUGGCACUGAGUGCAUCAUCUUAGCUUCCAUGGCCCUGGACCGUUAUGUGGCCAUCUGUAAACCCCUUCGGUAUGCUGUUAUCAUGCAUCAUUCUCUCUACCAGAUGCUUGUGGCUGUGGCCUGGAUCAGUGGCUUUGGCAACUCCCUAGUUCAGGUGACUUUGACUGUGCAGUUGCCUUUAUGUGAGCAGCAGGUGCUAAACAACUUCUGUGAGGUGCCAGCCAUGAUCAAGUUGUCAUGUGCUGACACAGCUGUGAAUGAUGCUACAUUAGCUGUGGUGGUGGUGGCUUUCUUUGUGCUAGUUCCCCUAGCUCUCAUUCUCCUCUCCUAGGGCUUCUUUGCCCGUGCAGUGCUUAGGAUCCAGUCUUCCCAGGGACGACAUAAGGCCUUUGGGACCUGUACUUCCCCCUUAUUGGUGGUUUCCCUCUUUUACAUACCUGCCAUUUGCAUGUAUCUGCAGCCCCCUUCUAGCUACUCCCAAGAGCAGGGCAAGUUUAUCUCCCUUUUCUAUUCCAUAAUCACACCCACCCUCAAUCCCUUCAUUUAUACCCUAAGGAAUAAGGAUGUCAAAGGAGCUCUGAGAAGACUCCUAGAAAGGAUCUGGAAGAUCUGCAGAUGA